AUGCCGAGAACGCAGCCGAAUUUGGAACAGUGGAAUGGGUUGUAUGAGAUGGCGAGAUAUUCAGAGCGGUGGCAAAAGGAUAGGCUGAAUGCUUGGAAGGAGGAGUACGAAGAGGGAAGGUGGAGGCCGGAUGUUAGAAUGCUGGAGGAGGAGGAGCAAUCAUUUGUGAAGGAGCUAGUCCGAUGUCUGGCAGGAGAGGGGAGGGUCACGCUGGAAGCUGUAGAUGGCCAGAAAAUGCAAUGGCAGGUCGAGAUGGGGGGGGGAGGAUAG